UACUCGUAACAUGCGGGUGCGCACCACCGAAACGGGGAAAACUAAUAAAAUUGUUGCGAAAACAUAAGCGGACUCUGAGAACCGCGCAAGAUUCCCAGCCAUUCCCACAGGGAAGUUUUCUUUGAAAAUGGCUAGUCUACUUAAGUUUCUAGGCACUUUUCUUCUGAUUACAAUAGGUUUCACCACAGCUGAGAUUUUCAUUGAUGGCGAUCCUGUGGUAGAGCUCUCCUUGGGUAAAAUACAAGGAGGUUCGGUGAAGAGCUUUCAGGGCAAGACUAUCUACGCCUUUAGAGGAAUACGCUAUGCCCAAUCUCCGGUGGGUCAGCUAAGGUUUACCAAUCCCAUUCCGGAAACUGGCUGGGGUGAUGAGGUGCUCAAGGCCACAUCCGAUUCCCUGGUGUGCCCACAACCAGGAAUCACCUUGUUUAUGAGUGAGGAUUGCCUAAAACUUAACGUUUUCACAAAGAACUUUGAGGAGAAGCUGCCAGUGAUCGUUUACAUUCACGGAGGAGCCAAUGUGCUGGGCAGUGGCAACAGCAUAUACGAAGCAGGUCCUCAGUAUUUACUAGAUCACGAUGUGGUUUUCGUGGCCUUCAACUAUCGCCUUGGAGCCCUGGGAUUUCUCAGCACCAACAGCAGCGAGACGAGGGGUAACUUUGGCUAUCUGGACCAAGUGAUGGCUCUGCAAUGGGUCCGCGAUCACAUAUCUCACUUUGGUGGCGACCCAGAGAUGGUGACUAUUCUGGGAAUGAGUGCGGGCUCAAUGGCAGUCAGUCUGCACCUGGCCUCGUCCCUGUCUGCAGGUCUCUUCCAUCGGGCCAUCCUCAUGAGCGGUUCAGCCACCAAUCACUUUCAUAUAGAUAACCUCUUUUGGACACGGAAACUAGCCCGUGAGUUGGGAUGCCCCAUGUACGAUGCCACGGAUGUGGUGCAGUGCCUCCGAAAUGAGACCUGGCCACGCAUUGUGGAAAUCUGCAAGGCAUGGGAGACCUAUCAGUUUGUCAACAUGAAGUGGAACUACGAGAUCGAUGGCCACUUUCUGCCCAGGCAUCCCACGGAACUAAUCGAGGAGGGAAACUUCAACAAGGUUCCCUUACUGAUCAGUUACACGCUCAACGAACUGGACUACACGCCCAAUGUUCACUUGGCAAACGAGCAUUUGCUCCAUGAUCUAGGCUCCAACUUUGUCGAGUAUGCUCCGGAGUUGUUUCUCUACAACGGAAAUGCAAUAAUUGGUCAACAACUCAAGGACUUUUACCUGGGUAGUAACACUACGGAUAUUAACUCUGAAAACAUUGAGCAAUUUGGACGAAUCUUCUCCGAUGGAAUCAUUGGCCAUGGUGUCCACCGUCUUGUCCGCCUGGCCAGCCACUUCACUCCAGUUUAUUACAUGCUCACGGAUUACGUGGGUGAGCGAAGUGUCUCAGCUCCCUUGAAUGAGGAAAGUAAGCCCCUGGGAGUUGGUCAUGCCGAUGAUCUUCAGUAUGUGAUGCCAGGUCUCUGGUAUGGCACCAUUAUGGCUGAAAAUCACACGGAUGUUUUCAUGAUGGAGCGGUUAACCAGCUGGUUUACACACUUUGCCAAAACGGGAACACCCCUAAACAUCACCGAUAUCUGGCCGCCGUGCAACGCGACGCACUUGAAGAUGCUCUACAACGGGGUGGUGACCCAGGUGGGUUCUCUGGCCAACUCCGAUCGAUAUGCCCUUUGGGAGGAACUGUUUCCCACGCCGGCCCGAGGUGGAGGCGCUGCCUGGAAACUCAGCAUGGCCGUGUCUGUAGCCACUGGUGUGGCCUGCCGGCUCAUCGGAAAAUUAAUGUAGCAAUUAGGUGUGGAAAAAGCUUAUCAAUAGGCCGUUUAGAUUACGCUAAUGACCUUCGACGUUGGCUCAUGGCUCUUGGUUCUUGGCUCUUGGUUCGCUCUUCGCCCGAGCACUGCAACUAUUUACUUUGAUUAAUUAAUCAACAAAGGCGUGAGAUUUUCCCUGUUUCCUUGGGGCAAUUAGUCUUUGGCCUGGAGCGG